AUGGCUUCCCAGCUCACUGCAGAGCCGACUGUUGUUGUGGUUGGAGGUGGACUGGCUGGUCUGUCAGCUUCACUUGAAAUCAUCAACGAGGGAGGAAAAGUGAUUCUUGUGGAAGGAGAGAGUAACACUGGUGGAAACUCUGCCAAGGCAUCCAGUGGUAUCAAUGGAGCUGGCACUGAUACACAGAAAAAGCUUGGGAUUCAAGAUUCCCCGGAAUUACUCAUUAAGGAUACGCUGAGUGCUGGAGAUGAUGAGAAUAAUAAGCAGCUGGUUAAGGUGCUAUCUGAGAAUUCAGUUGCUGCCGUGGAGUUCUUGAGAAGUGUGGGAGUAGACCUAACCGAUGUGAAUCUUUGUGGAGGACACUCUGUCCCUCGUACUCACUGGAUUCCAUCACCAAAAGAAGGAAGACCCAUUCCAGCUGGUUUCGAAAUUAUGAAGAGACUCAGAGCCAAAUUGAAUGAGUUGCAUAAGGAGAAACCAGAACGGUUCCGUCUUUUAACUCAAACCAAAAUGGUCGAUAUUAUCAGAGAGUCUGGAAAAGUUGUGGGUGUUGAGGUGGUGUCCGCCGAUGGAGAGAAAUCGAAAAUCACUGGAGAUGCUGUCAUCCUAGCAACUGGUGGAUUCUCAGCUGAUCAAGACGGUCUUCUUAAAGAGUUUGGAACACAAACUCUCGGGUUCCCAUCUACCAACGGAGCGUUUGCCAAGGGAGAAGGUGUGAAGAUUGCACGUAAACUUGGUGCUAAGCUCAUUGGAAUGGAAAGAAUCCAAAUCCAUCCAACUGCCUUUGUGGAUCCGAAGGAACCAGCUGCAGGAACUAAAUUCCUUGCUGCCGAAGCCCUCCGCGGAAAAGGAGCUCUUUUGAUUAAUUCAGAAGGAAAGAGAUUCGGAAACGAACUUGGAAGACGUGACUACUUCACUGGACGCAUUCAAGAGCACGCUAAGCCAAUCGAAGAGAGUUUCCAAGGAGGAUCAGCUGGUAGAAAUGCAGCAAUUAUGCUCAUGAGCGAAAAGACUAUCGAUGCUUUCGGAAGACCAGCAUUCAACUUUUAUGCAAUUGUUAAAAAGUUCUUCAAAAAAUAUGAGAACCAUCAAGAGCUGGCGAAGGCAUUAAAUGUAGGUGAUGCUGUAAUCAAAGCAACCCUAGAUGAGUACCAAGAAAUUUUCGAUGGUAAAAAAGAGGAUCCAUGGGGAAAGAAGGUGUUCCCAGUUGCUGCUAUCUCUCCAAACGAGCCAAUCUACGCUGCUAUUGUGGUUCCAGCCAUUCACUACACCAUCGGUGGCUUGCAAAUCGACGAUCACGCUCGUGUGAUUGAUGAGCAAGGAAAACCAAUCGUUGGACUUUAUGCGGCUGGAGAGGUCACCGGUGGAGUCCAUGGCUCUAACCGUCUCGGUGGAAAUUCCCUCUUGGAAUGCGUUGUCUUCGGUCGUAUUGCUGGACAUUCCGGAAUCAAUGCCUCCAAAACUCGCACUGAGCUCUAA